CAGUUUCACUGUCACUUUCUGCUUCCAGCGAUGGCGGCGGCUGGAGUGAGAGAGGAGCUGAGCUGCUCUGUGUGCCGGGAGAUCUACACCGACCCUGUAACCCUGCCCUGUGGCCAUAACUACUGCCUGCGCUGUAUUGAGGGAACGUGGGACGGCGAGAAGAGGAAUUUUGGAGAAAAGCCUUCGUGCCCUGAAUGCAGACGGAGAUAUGGGAAACGUCCUCAACUGAGCAUCAACCUGACUGUGUGUAACAUAGCAGAACUAUUCCUCCCUACUCACCCAUAUUGUGGUGGGAUUGGGAUCCUCUGCACUUACUGUGCCCCCCCUGUACUGGCUGUGAAAUCCUGCCUGCUGUGUGAGGCCUCUCUGUGUGCCACCCAUGUGCGGGUACAUAGCCGGGCAGCAGAACAUGUAUUAACUGUGCCAACGGCUUUGUUUGGGGACAGAAAAUGCUCCGCACACGGGGAGCUGCUGAGAUAUCGCUGCACUGAGGAUGGGGCCCGUGUCUGUGUGUCCUGCUGCCUGGCUGGGGGGCACCGGGGCCACAGGGUGGAGCUGCUGAAUGAGACCCCAGAGAAGAUAACUAUUCAAGCAAUGGCAGCUGCUGGAGUGAGUGACUGUCUAACCUGCUCUGUGUGCCAGAAGAUUUGUUCAGAGCCCGUAACCCUGCCCUGUGGCCAUACCUUCUGCCAGGGCUGUCAUCUGCCCCCUACCUGCCAGAAAUGCGGAGACGGAUACUAUGUGUCGCCCAAAGUGAGAGGAGACGAGACUCUGAGAGACAUAAUGAAGAUUUUCUUUCCGUCUCACCCAGAGCAGGAGGGUGCUGGGAUCCUCUGCACUUACUGUGCCCCCCCUGUGCCCGCGGCUAAAUCCUGCCUGACCUGUGAGGCCUCUCUGUGUGCCAGACAUGUGGGGAUGCACAGCCAGUCAGCACAACACCAAAUGAUAGACUCCAGCACUUUAUUCAGAGAUAAUGAUUGUUCCACUCACCAGAAGCCCCUGGGGUAUUACUGCCGGGAGGAGGAAGCCUGUAUCUGUGAGGAUUGUGUCCCGGAAUACGGGGGGCACAGGGUGGAGAAGCUGAAACAGAGAAUUGAGAAGAUUAAGCAAAAACUGAGAAUUCUUCAAGUGAUGCACCAUUGGGACCUGAGAGACAAACUGAGCUGCCCCCUGUGCCGGGGCUUUUAUUCCCACCCCAUAACCCUGCCCUGUGGCCACAGCUUCUGCCUGCGCUGUAUCUGGAGACGAUGGGAUCCUGCCAUGCGUCACAAUAACAGAAUUUACUGCACUGAAUGCUUCGAGCAAUACGUGAAACCGCCCAGUCUGAGCGAAAACCAGGCGCUUAACAAGAUUGUUCAUAUUUUUACCAUUAAUCUCCCAGAGUCUGAUUUCCCCAGAAACAUCUGCUUGUCCUGUAUCUGCUCAGUUGUACCCUCAGCCGUAGCAGCGACUAAAUCCUGCCUGCACUGUGCCGCCUCUCUGUGUGAGCAUCAUGGGAAGGAGCACAAACAGUCUCUGGGGCAUGUACUAACUAAAUCCAACGCAAGGUGCUACACCCACCAGGAGCUGCUGAGAUAUCGCUGCACUGAGCAUGGCUUCCGUGUCUGUGUGUCCUGCUGCCUGGCUGGGGGGCACCGGGGCCACGGGGUGGAGCUGCUCAAUAAGGCUUCACAGAUAAGAAAAACUGAAGGUCUGAGACACAAACUGAGCUGCUCCAUCUGCCGGGAGAUCUACACCGACCCUGUAACCCUGCCCUGUGGCCAUAACUACUGCCUGCGCUGUAUUGGGGGAACAGGGGGAGAGCAGAAGGAGAAGAGAGAAGGCCGUUCCUGCCCUGAAUGCAAACACAAAAUCAAGAUAAAGAUGGAACUGAGCAAGAACCACUCGCUGUAUAACAUAGUGCAGUUCCUUCUGCCCCCCCCCGAGCAGCGGGACCCUGCUGGCACCUACUGUACCUACUGUAUUCACUCACUGGUACCCGCGGCUAAAUCCUGCCUGCUGUGUGAGGCCUCUCUGUGUGAUAAACAUGUGUGGGUACAUAGCCGGGCAGCAGAACAUGUAUUAACUGAACCCACCGCUUCCUUUGGGCAAAGAAACUGCUCCGCACAUGGGGAACUGCUGAGAUAUCGCUGCACUGAGGAUGGGGCCCCUGUCUGUGUGUCCUGCUGCCUGGCUGGGGGGCACCGGGGCCACAGGGUGGAAAUGUUCCAUGAGGUGCAGGAGUAAGGAACAUUAUUGGUAUAUUAACCCCAGAUACAGGGGCCCAUAAUUUUGGUUGGGAACGUUGGCCAAUUGCAAUCCUUCUGCCCAACCACCUGGUUAUAUUUGCCACCUUGGGCAGCCAGUUUAUGUUCUUAUCUGCUGAUAUCCCUUCUGACAGGGUGGAUAGAUAUAAAGAUAGAUCUAUAAGGAAAGAUAUAAAUCCUGUUUUCAAAAAUAUGUGCAAUGGUGCAGAAGGAAUGGCUAAUAUAAUAUGGGGCUGGGGAAUGUGCAUUUUUUGGAUUUUAAAGAAAUAUAUGGAUAGGUCUGGUUGUCAGGGGUUCAAAUCCCUGGCAACCAGGCAGCACUUUGUAAGUCUGAGUGGAAGAUGAAUAGGGGAGGCCAGUGCUGGGCCAGACCUGGACUGGCAAUCAGUAGGUUCGGGCAAAUGCCAGAGAGGCUGCUGUAAGAUGCUACAGACAUGUAUUAAAAUUUAAAAAAAAAUACUAAUAAUGCAAAAAACUUUAAAAGUAACUAAUUA